GAGGGCGGGGCGACUGGGCGCUCAUUUCCUCCUUGGGCGCCAUUUUGUAGCGCAGAGAAUCCGCAAAUAAAGAGCGGGCGGGAGCGGCGUGUGAGGAAGCGCGGGGUGGGGGGACGCGGCGGCGGCGACCCCGGCUCUGGAGCAGCGAUCCCUGUAGAGCCGGUUGCGGGCGCGGAGUUGGCGGCAGGUGUGAGCAGUGGCGGCGCUUCGCCCUCGAUGUGACGGGUGCGGCCCAGGCAACCGGUGUCCUGGGAGAGUGAGGCCUCCGCAUCACGGGCGGAAGAGUUCACAAUGACGAAUGAAGAACCUCUCCCAAAGAAGGUUCGCCUUAGUGAAGCAGACUUUAAGGUUUUGCCUAGAGAUGAGCUGAUCCUGAGGUGGAAACAAUAUGAAGCAUACGUGCAAGCUCUGGAGGGCAAGUACACAGACCUGAAUUCUAAUGAUGUGACGGGGUUGAGAGAGUCUGAAGAGAAGCUGAAACAGCAACAGCAAGAGUCUGCCCGAAGAGAAAAUAUUCUGGUGAUGAGGCUGGCAACUAAAGAGCAGGAGAUGCAAGAGUGUACUAAUCAGAUUCAGUACCUCAAGCAAGUCCAGCAGCCUAGUGUUGCCCAACUGAGAUCAACAAUGGUGGACCCAGCCAUCAACUUGUUUUUCCUAAAAAUGAAAGGUGAACUGGAACAGACUAAAGACAAACUGGAACAAGCCCAAAAUGAACUGAGUGCCUGGAAAUUUACGCCUGAUAGCCAAACAGGCAAAAAGUUAAUGGCGAAGUGUCGAAUGCUUAUCCAGGAGAAUCAAGAGCUUGGAAGGCAGCUGUCCCAAGGACGUAUUGCACAGCUUGAGGCAGAGUUGGCUUUACAGAAGAAAUAUAGUGAGGAACUUAAAAGCAGUCAGGAUGAAUUGAAUGACUUCAUCAUCCAGCUUGAUGAGGAGGUAGAGGGUAUGCAGAGUACCAUUCUAGUUCUUCAGCAGCAGUUGAAGGAGACUCGCCAGCAGUUGGCUCAGUACCAGCAGCAGCAGUCCCAGGCCUCCACCCCAGGUACCAGCAGGACUCCAUCUUCUGAGCCUACAGAACAGGGAGAGGCUGUGGGUAAAGACUGCAGCCGUCUGGCUAACGGACCAAGUAACGGUAGUUCCUCCCAUCAGCGGACGUCUGGGCCUGGAUUUUAUAGGGAGGGUAGCAGCACGGAAGAUGACUUCCCGGCUUCUCCAGGGAAUGGUAAUAAGCUGUCCAACCACUCUGAAGAUAGAACUGGUAGAGGAGGUGGUAGCUACAUAAACCAACUCAGUACUGGGUAUGAAAGUGUAGACUCUCCCACUGGCAGUGAAAACUCUCUCACUCACCACUCAAAUGACACAGACUCCAAUCAUGAUCCUCAAGAGGAGAAAACAGUGAGCAUGAAAGGUAACAGAACUGUGGGUUCUCGUCAUGUCCAGAAUGGUUUGGACUCCAGUGUAAAUGUGCAGGGUUCAGUUUUGUAACAUUUUUCUGCAGCAUUUUUAUACAGUGUCAUUUAAAUUGGGAGAGGAUACUGUCCAGAAGCCGUUUAAAUUAGUGCAUACUUGUCACAAUUUUGCCUUUUUGUGGGUUUCUUUUUGCUUCAAUACCUCUGCCACUUUGGAAAUUUUAACAGUUAAUUACAUUGAAUGUUGCUAAAAGGACGUUUGUGUAGCUCAAGUUAUUUUUAUAUGAGUUAAUGUGAAGUUGAAAUGGAAAUUAUUUCCACAAAGUAUAACAUAAAUGAUGUCUGUACAAAUCUGUGUAUAUCUAGAACCUGUGCUGUGCAAGGGCAUUCUUACUCAUACUGUUAUACUUAACACCACCUUCAAGAAUUGUCAUAAUAGCUGUGGGUUUAUGACUGCCAAGUUUGCCCAGUACAGUAGUUUUAUCACUAAAAGAUGGACUUACAGGAGUCCUGUAGUAGUUUCAGUGUUAAUUACAGUUUUUCCCACCAUACAUCUGUGCAUUUUUCUCCUUAGGUGACCGAAUGUUUAUGAAUUGUGUGCAUAGUUACUCAGUUUUUAAGAACUGUUGUAUCCUGUUUAUGCAUAUUGCUCUGUGACUCCAAUAUUAUCUUACCUGUACUGACCAAACCUAAAUAAAAACUUUUAAUAAUGUAA